UCCGCGGCGGGCGGGCUGCUGCCGCACCAGUCGCGCUCCUACCCCAGCGGCGGCGCCAGGCUCGCCAGGACGCCCUCCGUGUCCUCGCAGGGCAGCCUCGACUCCAGCCUCUCCAGACAGAGCCAGGGGUCGCAGCGCGGCUCGAGCCCCGUGAUCCGCACGCCGCUGGGCGGGCCGGACCGGUCGCCGUCGCCGGUGGGCGCGCGCGCCGCCUCGCCGUGCCCCUCGUGCCCCGGGCCCGGGCCGUCGCCGUCGCCGUCGCCGUCUCCGUCGCUGCAGCAGGUGCAGCCGCAGCCGCGCGCCGGCCGCUGCCUGUCGCCGCUGCUGCUGUCGGCGGGGCCCGGCACGCCGCCGCCGUCGCGCGAUCCUCCCGCCUCGCCGCUGGGCGCGCUGCAGCCCGACCUGUACGCGCGCCGCGACGGCCCGCUCUUCCUGGACGCGCGCACCCGCGGCCGCAGCCUCGGCCGCCUCCACCUGCGCCUGCACUACGACUUCGACAAGUCCGACCUGCACAUUCACCUCAUCGAAGCACAUGACCUUGCAGGCAGUGAACAAGGUGGCUUCAGUGAUCCAUACGUUCGACUCAGUCUUGUGCCACCUGUAGACAACCGUAAAAGACAAACAGCCAUACACCGUCAUGAUCCAAAUCCAUUUUUUAAUCAGCAUUUCAAAUUCCCUGUAUCACACCAGGAUUUACAGGAAAAAACACUUGUAUUGCAGGUAUUUGACUAUGACAGAUUUUCUCGGAAUGAUGUAAUAGGUGAAGUCAGGAUGUCAAUGGAAGAUCUAGAUGUGACAUCUAGUGUUGAAGUGUGGGGUGAAAUCAGCAAGCACAAAAAGCCUCCUGAAGAAUUACAAGAAGUUCUGCUGUCGCUCAGUUACCUUCCAUCUGCCGAACGCCUAACUGUUGUUUUGCUGAAGGCCAGAAAUCUUUUCCUACCUCCAGAUAAGGACACUGUUGAUCCAUUUGUGAAGGUGUACUUGCUAAAUGGUGGUAAAAGAGUGAAGAAAAAGAAGACUGCAGCAAGAAAAUCAAACUGCAAUCCAGUAUGGAAUGAAGCUCUAACUUUCAAUGUGGCAUCAAGCAUUUUACCACAGACUGCCGUAGAAGUAUGUGUGAUGGACCAAGGCAAUGAUCUCAUUGGACACACUCCACUUCUGGGAUGUUGUGUAAUUGGUCCACAAGAAGAGGGUCCUGAGCAAGAUCAUUGGAGAGAUAUGACCCAAAGCCCACGAAAGGCUGUGGCAAUGUGGCACACUCUCAGAUAG